GGAAGAAUACAAACAAGUAAAUUUUUAAAAGGAAACGGCUUCUCUUUAAUAAAUUGUCCAGCCACUCUUUGUCUGUUCAAUUAAGCCACUGGCCAGAUUCCCCAAAUUUCCUCAUGUCCAUUGAUUUCAAAUGUUCGCCAACCAAAAGUCUUAUAGAUUCAAAGAAAUAUUUGCGGCUUAAGAUUGUAAACUUACAGAAAACUAAGGGACUAUAAUAAAAGAAUGUAAAGUAAGAAAAAGUUGAAGGACUAAAAACAAAUUAAAUACGGAUGAAGAUGCGAACGAAGGAAGGAAAGGAGGAACCCUAAAGAAAGUAAAGGAGCAGCGAUGAAAUCGGUUACCCGAAAACCGCGGAUGGAUCUGUCGAUAUUGUUUUUGGAAGUCCGCGUUGAAUCAGCGUGGAACCUCCUCGUAAAAUUCUAUCUUUCGUUUCAAAACUCCAGAUCGUUUCCGAAUUUUAUAAAUUACAUCAAACCCCCGCUUAAUUUGGGGGAAUUCAGGCAAGGUUUUUGAGGGGAUUUGUGUUCUUCAUCGUCGAUAUCUCCUCAGGGUAUCGCUUAAUCAGAAAAAAAAGUUUAAGCCUUUUUUUAUUUUGUAUUCUUCUGGGUGGAAUUUUUGCAGCUAUGGAAGAUAAACCGCUAGGGAUUCUGAGAGUUCAUGUGAAAAGAGGGAUUAAUCUCGCGAUUCGCGAUGCCACGACCAGCGAUCCUUAUGUCGUUGUCACAUUGGGUAAUCAGAAACUGAAGACGCGUGUGAUCAAUAGUAACUGUAAUCCUGUGUGGAACGAACAAUUGACCCUUUCCAUCAAAGAUGUGAAUGAUCCUAUCCGUCUGACGGUGUUUGAUAAAGACAGGUUCUCAGGAGAUGACAAAAUGGGUGAUGCUGAAAUAGACAUGAGGCCGUUCCUAGAAGCGCAUCAGAUGGAGUUGGAUUUCCAGAAGCUCCCCAAUGGUUGUGCGAUCAAGAGGAUCCGUCCAGGAAGGAACAACUGUUUGGUUGAAGAGAGCAGCAUCACUUGGAGCAAUGGGAAGAUCAAACAAGACAUGAUUCUCAGACUAAAGAAUGUCGAGUGUGGUGAAGUGGAGAUCAUGCUCGAGUGGACUGAUGGUCCGGGCUGCAAGGGUCUUGGACGCGAAGGAUCCAAGAAGACACCAUGGAUGCCAACAAAACGAUUGGACUAAAAGAUGCAGAGAUGUUAAACCAAGACCGUGAAGAUUUGAUGGUUUUUUCUUCUUCUGUUCAUGGAAAGACGAGUUUGUCUUUUGUCUCGACAGAUUUUAAUUUUUACGAAAAAAAUGGCUCUGCUGCUCUGGUCUUAGUUGUACAUGUCGAAUAACCCAACCCUCUAUAUAUAUUUGUUGUAUCUGUUUCUAUUAUGGAAGAAAUAAAGCAAACCCUGAAUUUCUAGAACCUCUUCAAGUUUUCUUAGGUUAAUUUCAGAAUAUCUGAGGAAUAUUGAGGCUUCGUUGGAU